AUGUGUUCUCCCGAUCCACCCCAUCAUGACAUCUUCUACAUCAAUGCCAUCGCCGCGGCUACGUGCAAGGCAAGACACUUCGGAUACGCUGUGAGACAAGGCAUCCUCCCGCCUGAAGUGGCUGCUCUUUUCGGUUUGAUGGGGCCAUCGUCUGGACAUGCCAAGCGCAUGUGUAAGAUUCUACGAUCCGAGGCCUGGCGACAGGUCAGGCUGCUUCAGGAUGGCCUAAGGGUUUGGUGCUAUCGGACUUCGAAUGAAGAACGUGCUGCGGAGAGGAAGCUUCGACGCUGCGGAAGGGAGUCUGCGAUGGCGACGGAAUUUUUAUGGGAGCGUCUGCGUGCUUCGCUGCCAAGGAAAUCCAGGCAUCAUCAGGAGGGGAGUGGGGGAGGCAGCAUUGUGUUCCUGGGUGGUGCCUCUGCUCCUGAUAAGAUCGUGAACAUUUUGGAGAAGGGUCCCAGGUUUGCUACCGAGCCGUUGGUCCGGCCUCCGGAGAUGCUGGGCCUGGUGCGACAAGUGUCUCAAAAAACGAACCAGGAGAGCAGGGAACGUUGCGUGUUGGAGUGUGCGGAAGGGCUUUUAAAAGGGGUUGGGAGAAAGGUGAGAAGGAUGAAUCUUGGGGCUGUUGUAUCGUUUUUCAAUGACUCGCGCUUAAAGUUGCUGGUAUCUGAUAAAGAAGGGGGUUUUGUCGUGGCGCCUCAGGGGUUGUUCUUGGAGAAGGCUGGGGAGGCGAUGUUGAAGAAUUUUAGACCAGUGUUGGGGGUUGAUUUGAAAAAGGUUAAGGCGCGUGCUGUGCAGUUAUGUAGUAACAUGGGGCUGGAUUCGCUGAGAAAGUCUGUGUCAGCAGCUAAAGGUCUUAGUCUGGAGGCGUUCUUCACGGUAAAGACCCACAAAGAGUUGAUGCCUUUAAGAGCCAUUGUCACUCAAAAAAGUUCUUGGCAGGUGCAUGUGUCAAGCAUUCUGCAGCGCCACUUGUCGUCACUUAUGCUGGAUGACCCUUUUGUUGUUCGCAAUUCGGAAGCCUUGGUUAAUUAUCUACGGGAAGAUAAUCCUGGCUCGUGUCAGCUGGUUUCGUUUGAUGUGGAAGAUUUGUUUUAUGCAAUUCCCCAUUCUGAGCUCAUGCAGGCCGUGGAGGAGUGCAUUGAUACGUUUGGGGCUGUGGCCUUCUCGAGUUCCUGUGGGAUUGCGAGUGACUCUUUCCUUGAACUACUGAAUUUUUACCUCGCGUCCACCUUUGUUACAUUUGAAGGCAACACGUUUUUGCAAAAGAGCGGCAUAUGCAUUGGGUCGAAUGUUGCGCCCGUACUCAGUGACAUUUAUUUGGCUAAGUGUGAAAGGGCAAUUGCUGAGCGGCUGGACGAUAGGGUGGUCAAAGUGUUGAGGUAUGUUGAUGACUACCUGAUUGUGCUGAAAAGCAACGAUAACACAGACAUUGAAAGUGUGAUUGCCUCGAUAUUACAUGUAUUUACGGAUUGUUCUCCGGGACUAAACUUUAAGGCUGAGACCACUUCUGAGGGUGCCCUACAAUUUUUGGAUCUCAAUCUUCGAUGUGAGCCCUCGCAUUUGUGUUGGGCCUAUGAGCCUAGGUCUAAAAAGGGGCUCUUAGUAUAUGAAUCCGCACACUCUAAGACAGUGAAAAGAGCCAUUGCACUGUUUAAGUCAUGUCACCAUAGGUGUGGUGACAGUUUUUUGUUGCAAGUCACGAGGUUGUCAAAUGCUGGUUUCCCUUUGGGAGUUGUCAUGGGCGUCGUGGAAUCCUUGAUUAAGGUGUUUAGAGGCCCUGCUAGUACUGAGGCAAGACAAAAACCAACGGUAAGACCUGUGGUCUUGCCGUAUAUGCACAAGGUGUCCCAUGGUGUCAAAAAGGUUGCCAGUAGGUACAACGUGCCAGUUGUGUGUUCGGCUCCAGCU